AAAAGAGAUGGCAUACCUCUACUAUGCACUUCAUACUGACCACGCACUCACUCUAAUAUUUUCGGCAUCUUUUUUUUUUCGCGCAUUCCCGCAAGUCGGCCUAAACGAUGGCUACUUGGCGCUCAAUGACCAAUGAUGACAUCCAUGGAGUCAUGCGUGUUGCCGAUAUAGUUCAUGCUGAGCUAGCAGAAAGAGACUCGGUGCCUACAGAGAGAGUGAGGCUCUUUCCCGAAGGCUGCUUGGUCCUCAAGGAGGGGUCACAAGUUUGCGGUUAUGCUAUUUCGCACCCUAUCCGUUAUAGAAAACCGCCGGCUCUCGACAGUCUAGUUGGUGAGAUAGCAUCGGAGGCAGAUCAAUUCUACAUACACGACAUUUGCGUCUUACCCAACCUUCGAGGACAUGGCUAUGCUGGAGAGGUUGUCGAUAGACUGCUGGCUGUUGCCGAGCGCUACACAACGACAUGUCUCGUGUCCGUCUAUGGCAGCUCGCCCUUUUGGGCUCGAUUUGGGUUCAAAUCGCCGGAUGACAUUGAUCAGGCCUUGUCGGAGAAGAUCCGUGGCUAUGGGGACGACGCAAUCUACCUUGAGCGCCGCAAUAGAGAUUAAAGUCAUCUCUCAUUGACUUGGCUUGGGUCACUGGGUUCAGAGCAGGUCAUGUUGACAUUGUGCGCACCAAGUCUGAAUCGCAAAUGCCACAAUUGAAAACUCGUGUCAAAUAAAAUCCGGGAUCGAACUUCGUUGUUUAGAUUAGUGAAAUCCGUCGUCGCCCUGCACAUGCUCCAGAACAGCUCGGUAGUCAUGAGCAGCCAUGUACUUGACAAGCGCGGAUCCGCGAAA